GGGCACCUUUUUCAUCUAGGAUUGCCCUCAUUUCAUUAUUGGGAACACCUUUAGAAUUGUCCACUUCUUCAAACAGUUCUGCCAAACCAGACAGAUCAUCCAUGACCAACCCUGCACUUUUAACAGCUUUAUCUGUUUCUCAUCUUUACUUUGUGCCUCUCGAACUUUUCUCCUCGCUAAGGGCAGGUCUACCUCCUCUCCCUUACUCUCUUUCACUUUACUACUCUUAGUUUUACCACACUCUAAACCCUCGUGGUACAGGGCCGGUAAAAACGUCUCCGCCAAAUCGAUACUGGCCGGAUUUAGAAUGCUCUCAUUCUCAGCUGCCUUUCUCGACAUGCUGCGAGUGAUCAUUACCUUACCACCGGCUAAUUCAUUACCCAGAAGGACGUCCGCGUUAGUUCUUGGGAAUUCUGAUCACACCCCCAUUUCAACUAGCUCACAAUUCAUAAUGAUCUUAUGCAAGGGCACCAUUUCCAUCCCUUUUCCUAUUCCUUUCACAGCUACCAUUCCCGUCUUGCGACAAAAAUCUAGUACCUUACAGCUAAUUAAUGACAGUUCAGCGCCCGUGUCUCUCCAGAUCCGCACGGGAACCGGUGGGUCUCCCUCUCUCACAGACAUGGUUCCGUUUGACAUACAAGUCUCAGACCCUUCUCGUACUCUGUCUACCCGGGGAACUCUUGUCGAUUUACUGAUUACCACGGCACAUCCGAUAGGGACUGCUGCUUUCCCUUUUCCUGUCUCCUUCCUCAGAGCAAAGCACCGAGAUGCAAUAUGUCCCCCCUUUCCACAAUUAAAACAAGCCAAGCCCAGAAAUCUCUGGCCGUCUUGCCUCUCCCCCUCAAUCUUACCACUAGCUCCCGGCAGGACCUCUGCCUCAGCCGGCGGGCUUUCUCUAUCGUUCCCACGGUAUCUCUGGGAAUUUUUAUUCGAGGAAAACUUUGUCUUGUGGUUUAGGGCAUAUUCAUCUGCGAACCUAGCAAAUUCGGAGAUGGACUUAUUUGGCUCCUCAUUCAAAUACAUCAGGAUAUCCUCCAAAACACAACCUUUAAAUUCCUCAAUCAGAAUUAACUCCCUGAGACGCCAAAAAUCCUCUCCCACUAUUUCUGCCGUGCUCCAACGAUCCACGAGCACACCCUUCUCAUAGGCAAACUUGGUAUACGUCUGAUUCCACCCUUUCUUUAAAUUUCUGAACUUUUGUUUAUACGCUUCAGGUACCAAUUCAUAACUCCGGAGAAUGGCCGCUUUUACUUUGUCAUAAUUCUCCGUCUCUUCCUCCUCCAUGGACAACGCCGUAUAUGCUCGUUGUGCCUUCCCUUUUCACACACUUUGUAACAGCGCCACCCACUGAUCUCUGGGCCACUUUUGAUUCACUGCCACCUUCUCAAAAAGCAAGAAAUAACUAUCAACAUCUGUCUCCUCGAACUGAGGUACUAACCUCAACUCCCGACUGACAUUAAACUGCUCUUCUCGGUCUGACCCUUGAUCUCUUCGCUCUUGCCUUAACUUCUCCAUCUCCAAGUCAUGUUUCCUCUGUUUCUCUGCCUCCCUCUCCUUCUCAGCUCUUUCCUUUUCUUUCUCAGCUCUCUCUCUCUCCUUUUCAGCUGCUUCCAGCUGUUUCAACUGAAUUUCAUGCUCCCUUUGUUUCUCGGCCCGAUCCUGCUCCAUUUUCACCUCUAAUUCCUUUAGCUGGAGCUCAUGUUCCCGUUUCACCUCUAACUCCUUUAGCUGGAGCGCAUGCUCCCUUUGUUUGACAGCCCUUUCUUUCUCUCUCUCGGCUCUUUCUUUCUCCUAGUCAGCAGCUUCCAGCUGCUUUAACUUAAUUGCAUGUUCCAACCUUAAUUUCUCCAACUCUAACUGAGCCAUCCCACGAGCUGGUACCUUUUCAGGGAUGUUUUCCAAUACCUCAGCUGCAAACACAUUCUUCCCACUAUAAUACUGAGUUAUUGCCCUUCGCACCUCCUGCUUUUUCAUGAAGAACCUCACCUCUGUGAGGUUUAGCCCUUUCGCCAGAUUUAUCAAGUCCGAUUUGGUGGCCGCCUCUAGCGCCUCCAGAGUCGGGUUUUCUAUAAAUUCAUCCACGUCCAUCUUUGCUGGUUUCCCGUCUGGCUACCCGCGUAACCAGAUCCAAGUUUGGACUUAUAAGACUGAUUCACUGGCCUCCCAAUUUGGUGUCAAAUCUCAAAACGAGAACUCCAAUUGUUACGUACCCCGUAACUGGGUCACUUACCAGCAAAGAUAGAGAGGUCCGUUGAAGUCUGCUGGUACUAUUUUUAACUGUAUUUAUUGAUAAAAAUACACAAAAAUAAUAUCAGUGCAAACAUACAGAUAAUAUACGUCAUCAAUACUAAAUCUAAAAGCGCGGGUAUAAUAAUAAUCAAUAAGAAAUAGCUCUAUUGUUGUCUCGGGGAUAAUGUAUUGUGCGAUGGAAAUAUAAAAGUCACUGAAGUUCAUUCAAGAUGCAGUUUUUGGUUGGAGAGAGAGACGGAUUAAAACUUGCCCAUUCCUUUUAUGAUGUCGAUCCUUCGAGAGUCGUUGGGGCUGAUUUCUCCUUUGUUGUUAGCUAAAGCCGUUCCUCUGUGGCAAGGCCCACCAAUUCCGAGGCAAAUGGAAAAGGACGCACGUGGCUUUCCACCGGCUUUCGCUAUUACGCUGUUACAGGAUUUCUAGCGUUUCUUCUGGUGCGUCUGAGGGGCUGUUCCCACAGACCCUCUUUUAUCCCCACUCACGGGGGUCUCAGAUGUCAAUCAGGGUGGAGGGAUGCCUCCCCUCAACCAGCCCACUUUUGGUCAUUCCCUGAGGGUUUUGAAUAAAUAUUGUGUACGCAAUACACAAUUCCGUCUCCAAGAGACAAUGGCCGUUUCCUGUAGCACCGAGGGGCUAAGACAUUCCAAACGUCUCUCUCUCAUUUCCUGGGUCUCCUGACCUGAAUUAAUAGCAAACUUGUGAUUCUCAAAAAGGAGCGGCCGCAGGCGUAACAACAGCCUAGGUAGUUCUAAGGUAGGGACACGUACAGCACAGCUUUGUGGGCCAAAGGGCCUGUAUUGUGCUGUCGGGUUUCUAUGAGUUACUCAAAUAGUAACUCCAAAUAGGAGGAAAAAUAAGUAAAUACGGAAGAAAUAACAGAUACAGAAACCUGCAGAUUCUGUACACUGAAGCAAAAGCAGAAAACAAAAAUCCCCAGAUCUGGUAGUUCAUCAACCUUCCCAGCAAAACGUUUUAAACUGUAACAAAGCAAGGAGUAAUUGCAAACUUCCAAAAGUUUCGACUGAGUUGUGAAGGCGGUGAGGAUUCUGCAAAGGGGUAGAUACCGGUGAUGUGAUCGAACACAGGUCUGGCAGCUGGGAGAUUGUGGGGGAGGGAGGGUGUGAACUUGUACAUUUUGGCAGCAAAAAUAUAUAAUACAGAACAUUUUCUAAAUGUUCAGAGAGAACAGGACCUGGCAGUUCAGAGGGAACUUGGGUCCUGGUGCUCCAGAUGGAAUUUGGAAUGCGAACAGGGGGUAUCUGAAGAAGGGUUUUGGCCUAAAACGUUAACUCUGUUUCUCUGACCACGGGCACUGCCUGACCUGCUGCGUGUUUCCAGCUGUCUCCGUUUUCCUGGAAACUCAGAGUUCGGACUUUAUUCCCUGGAGCGUCGGAGAAUGAGGGGAGACCUGAUAGAGGUAUAUGAUGGGUAUAAAUAGAGUGAAUGCAAGCAGACUUUUUAAACUGAGGCUAGGGGAGAAAAAAUACAGACGACAUGGGUUAAGGGUGAAGGAGCAAAAGUUUAAAGUGAUCAUGGGGGGGGGGCUUCUUCACACAGAGUGGUGGGAGUGUGCAAUGAGCUGCCAGAUGAAGUGGUAUAUGCGGGCUCACUUUUAACAGUGAAUGCGGCUGAAAAACUUAGACAGGCACAUGAAUGAGAGGUGUAUGGAGGGAUAUGGGCCAGGUGCAUGUUAGUGGGACUAGGCAGAAGAAUGGUUCGGCACAGCCAAGAAGGGCCAGAAGGCCUGUUUCUGUGCGGUAAUGUUCUAUGCUUCCCGUCCUCGCAAUUGUCCCCUGGUUCAGAAUUUCAUCAUUUAAUUUUCGGAGAAUUGAACAGAAAUUUAAAGAGAUUAUGUGCCAGUUCUACAGCGAGCUAUGUGUUAACGUUACAGACUGGCCUUCGAUAUUGAAGCUGUGUAUCUGAAGGUUUUUCCGAGCGCUUUGUUUCUGCUCUGUUGCGGAUAAACCGUUGGAAAUUGGCGGGUGUGGUAAAGUGAAGGUGGAGCUGGACGAUGAGAGGCCGCUCUCGGCUCUGUCCGUCACUCUGACUCUGUCUCCUCCCCUCCCCGCCUCUGUCUCUCUGCGCGUUUCUCGGGCAGGUCGGGGCGCUGUGUAUAAAAGGAGACAUCAGCACUCGGUUUGUCACUGAGCAGCGGCUAGAGUGAAGCAGCGUCAUGUCUGGCAGAGGGAAAGGAGGAAAAGGACUGGGGAAAGGCGGAGCCAAGCGGCACCGUAAAGUGCUCCGUGAUAACAUCCAGGGCAUCACCAAACCGGCCAUCCGGCGUCUGGCUCGCCGUGGCGGCGUCAAGCGGAUCUCGGGUCUGAUCUACGAGGAGACCCGUGGGGUGCUGAAGGUUUUCCUGGAGAAUGUGAUCCGGGAUGCGGUCACCUACACUGAACACGCCAAGCGCAAGACGGUCACUGCCAUGGAUGUGGUGUACGCUCUGAAACGCCAGGGCCGCACUCUCUAUGGCUUCGGCGGCUGAAAAACUCCCACUUCCUCCCGAGC